CUCGUCUACAGUAUGAUACGUAUAUCCGGGUCAACAUAACCUCGAAGCUGGCGAGAGGAACAGAUAACUCGCUAUCUACGGAUGGACUGUCAAUUCCGGUGCGUAGAGGGGCGUGUUUUGCGACCGCAGAAAGAGGCCGGGGAAAUUCGUGUAGACUGACCAGAGUCCGCGAAUUUCCGUUAGUCGGUGCCGCCGUAGAACGACCGGAACGACCCGGGACGUCGGAGUGUCGCUAAUAAUAAAGUUUAAUCGGCGACCGCGCCCGUUCCGCGAGCGUCCGCACCGCUGAUUCAUCGAGAUACCGCGAGACAUCGCAGCCGCCGCCGCCGCAUCGCCGUGUCUUCUCGAUUGUCCCGAGGCAUCUCCUUUUCGCAGGUAGCAGAGCGCGAAAUGACGGAGGUCCACAACUUCGGUGUCGAUGCCAUCAGUUGUCAUGCGUGGAACAGAGAUAGAUCAGAGGUUGCCAUUUGCCCGAACAACAACGAGAUCCAGGUGCACAAGCGCACCUCGUCCGGAUGGAAGUUGCUGGAGACCCUGCAGGAACACCACAUGGCCGUGAUGGGUAUCGACUGGGCGCCAAAGACCAAUCGCAUAGUCACCUGUUCUGCGGACAAGAACGCGUAUGUGUGGACUCAGAAAGAGGACGGCAAGUGGGAUCCCGCGUGGGUCCUCCUUCGGAUAAAUCGAGCCGCUACCUGCGUCAAAUGGUCUCCUCUAGAGAACAAAUUCGCCGUGGGUUCCGGCGGCCGAGUUAUAGCUGUUUGUUACUUCGUAUUAGAGAAUAACUGGUGGUUAUGUAAACAUAUAAAGCGUCCGCUGAGGUCAACCGUGACCACUGUCGAUUGGCAUCCGGACAACAAGAUCUUGGUCGCGGGCUCCACGGACUACAAGGUCCGGGUUUUCAGCGGAUUCAUCAGUGAUAUGGAAGACGCCCCCGGCACCAGUCCCUGGGGUCAGAGUAACAGCUUAGGGACACUGCUGGCUGAGUUUCCCAACACACCCAGUGGAGGCGGCUGGAUACAUUCGGUAGCGUUCAGUCCUUGCGGCAAUAAAAUCUGUUGGGUGGCGCACAACUCGUCUAUAUGCGUCGCUGACGCUGCGAAAGGGAACGCGGUCGUCAGACUGUACACCGAGCAUUUACCGUUUUUAAGUUGCAUUUGGAUAGGAUCUAAUAACAUUGUCGUCUCGGGGCAUAGCUGUAUGCCGAUGUUGUACACCGUGGACGACAACGGGCAGAUAUACUUCGCGUCGAAGCUGGACAACACGCAGAGGAAGGAGACCGCCGGUUUGUCCGCCAUGCGAAAGUUCCAGUCUCUCGACCGGCAGGCCAGGAACGAGACUAACGAUAACGCGCUGGACAGCGUACACCAAAACACGAUCAACUGUGCUCGCCGGGUAUCCGAUCAUGAAUUUAGCACAAGCAGUUUAGACGGGCAACUUGUAGUUUGGGACUUAAAGCUUCUAGAGAAUUCCAUUGCUGGUCUCAAGAUAGCGUAAGCAUGAAACUUUUUUUAUAUUGCGAAGAUCAGAGAUAUUACAUCCAAUACAACGAUGUAUAAAUGUUAAAAUAAAUACUAUACAAUUUCUCAUUAUAUAA